AAUACAAUCAACUCGUACAAUUCUAUUUUACAAUAUUAUUUCAACAUUGUUUUCAUUCAUUCUCUCCAUCUAGUAAUGAGAUUCAAAAUAUCUCUUGCCGAAAAACCAUCCCAUAGAGCUCCUGUGACAUGUGUUGGUUGGAGCAGUACAGAAGAAGUUUAUUCAGCUGGAGAUGACAGUCAACUACUCUCCUGGUCAGUUUCAACUAACCAAUCAACGAAGAUCACGCAAUUCAAUGCUGAACUCUGUCCUACUGACAUGCAAUUUUUGCCAAGGGUUAGUGGAACAUUAGGCAAGCAUGGCGACCUAAUUUUAAUCACAUCCGUUGAUGGAAAAUUCCACAUCAUGAACAGAGCAGGAAAAAUUGAACGUUCGGUAGAAGCCCAUAAAGGGGCUAUUUUAGUUGGGCAGUGGGGCAAUGACGGGACAGGAUUACUUACAGGGGCAUCGUGGUCGCCGGACAGCCAGGCCAUCGCAUACACCCAAGGGAAGUGUCUGGUGGUGAAGCAGCUGGCCCCCAACACUAAACCGCUCAGGUGGAAAGCUCACGAAGCUUUAGUUCUUUGCUUAGCCUGGAGUGCUGCCUCGGACCUGAUAGUAUCAGGAGGAGAAGACUGCAAAUACAGGGUGUGGGACAACCAAGGACGACAAAUGUAUUCUAGCAGUCUGCACGGGAACCAUAUAACAUCCAUAUCUUGGUCUCCAGCUGGUGACAUAUUUGCUAUUGGAUCAUUCAAUACCUUGAGGCUAUGUGAUUAUUCAGGGUGGUCAAGAUCAUUAGAGAAACCCAACACAGGCUGCAUAUAUAAAAUGGCUUGGUCUGCAGAUGGAACCCAACUAGCAGGAGCAUGCGCAAAUGGACAAGUUUUAUUUGCCCAUGUGGUAGAAAGGGACGUUCAGUUCAUGAACUUUACGGCAGUAGUGAGCGAAAAGAAGAUUGUCACUGUUCAAAACGUCCUAGAUGAAACUAACGAACACCUAGAGCUACCAGAAAGAGUAAUUCAAAUGGCACUGCGGUACAACCAUUUGGUGCUAACGACGCCCAGUCAAUGUUAUAUUUAUAACACACGAAACUGGAAUACUCCUGCUAUAUUCGACCUGAAGGACGGUUCUGUGAUUCUACUAUUGCUAUGUGAAGAGCACAUGUUAUUGGUUGAAAAAAGCAGCGUGGGAAUCUAUAACUAUCAAGGUCGUUUGAUAGCAUCUCCAAGAUGGCCGAGUAUGAGACUGGAUUAUUUGAGAAACUCACACGUAACUCUAUCCCCUGAUACUCUGGCAAUCAGAGAUACUUCCGAUGUCAAAACUAUACAUAUUAUUGAUAUAUCAAAUAACCGAUCGUCUGCGGAGACCACCGCAAUUCAACAUUCCAUGCAAAUAGUUCAAAUCUCUUUGGACCAGUGGGGAGAAGCAUCGGGUAGAAAACUAGCAAUUCUGGACAAAACAAGAGAUAUGUAUCUAAUACAUGCCAGAAACAACAAUAAGAUGUUCCUCAAACUAGAUAGAAUAAGAAAAAUAACUGGCAAGAUAUACGGUAGACAAGACAAGAUUUAUUCUGACUUCACUCUUACAAAGUUGAAAACGCACAUGUUAUUGGUUGAAAAAAGCAGCGUGGGAAUCUAUAACUAUCAAGGUCGUUUGAUAGCAUCUCCAAGAUGGCCGAGUAUGAGACUGGAUUAUUUGAGAAACUCACACGUAACUCUAUCCCCUGAUACUCUGGCAAUCAGAGAUACUUCCGAUGUCAAAACUAUACAUAUUAUUGAUAUAUCAAAUAACCGAUCGUCUGCGGAGACCACCGCAAUUCAACAUUCCAUGCAAAUAGUUCAAAUCUCUUUGGACCAGUGGGGAGAAGCAUCGGGUAGAAAACUAGCAAUUCUGGACAAAACAAGAGAUAUGUAUCUAAUACAUGCCAGAAACAACAAUAAGAUGUUCCUCAAACUAGGUAGAAAAAUUGAAUCUUUCCAAUGGAACGCCAAUGAAAACAUCAUAGCUGCCAUUCAAGACACGCAGUUGAUCGUCUGGUACUGUCCAACAGCCUGCUACAAUGUGAAAUUGUUGAAACUUUGUUCAAUGCAGUACGAUUCUCCAGAGUUGGGUCGCACUCCUAGAAUUCACGAUUUUGUCGGAAACUCGGUAUCUGUAAGGAGAGCCGAUGGAUCGCUUUUGAACAUUCCUAUUUCGCCUUUUCCCACAUUAAUUCACAGGUAUGUCCGGGAGAACAAAUGGACGGAUGCCUUGAAUCUAUGCCGUACUACAAAUGAUGAAACUGCAUGGGCUUGUCUAGCUGUCCUGGCUACGCAAUCGAACUCUGAAACAAUUGAUGUAGCAGAAGAGGCAUAUGCAAACAUCAAUCAUCAUGAAAAAGUGUUCUUUCUGCAGCACAUUAAGUCCUUAUCAUCAAAAGCAGAACAGAAGUCUCAGUUGGCUCUACUUGGAGGAAAAACUCGAGAGGCAGAAUCAAUAUUACUACACAACGGGAUGGUUUUUCAAGCUAUUUAUAUGAAUAUCACUUCACACAACUGGACCAGUUAUUAACCGUGAUAUUCUACUGAUCCUUGUCACUCGAUGUAUCCAAAAUAUUUUUCAUACACUGACCUGUUACUUUAUGAAAUUUAAUUAUAAUGAAA